UUUUUUGCAUUGAAAUCUAUCGUUUUUAUGUCGCACACUAUUUUGUGUAAAACACGGGAAAAAAACUUUUUAGUGUAUUUGGAUUGUUAAUUCUAGCUUUGAAAACAUUUUGAAAAUUUAUAUGUAACUGAAGUAUAGGUGUUAAAAUUUCGUUCAAUCUUGUAAACCUCGUUUUAGAUUUACUAAGGCCCGCCGCGUAAGUAAGGGUAUGAAAAUUAUUAAAUUAACAAAAUGGCAGUUCGUAGAUUAUUAGCUUCUUCAGUUUCUUGGAAUACUGGUUUAAGUUUUGCUAAUAUUUCUAAAGAUUUUUUGAGUCGUUACAUAUGGAGUAUGUACCAUCAUCAUUAUCGACAUUCAAGUUCAUCAACUUUAUCAAAUGUUGACUCAUGGGUUGUGUUAACAGACGACAAGUCUACUUUUAUUGGGUGGCAUCCAGAACCAGAAUUUCCUUAUGAGCAUACCAAGCCACUACCGCAAUUAAGGCAAGAACUAAAAGAGGGAGAUUCUGUAUUGAAAAUACAAUAUCGGCUUGAAGAAAAGAACCGUUUUCGACCUGAUGGACCAACAGAUAAGGAACUUCAGAAAUUAACAUACACAACAAAACACCGUUGGGCAAAAAAGCCUGAAAAGAAGUAUAGAAAAUCCAAUCCUCCAUGUGAUCGAGAAGGGAUUUAGUUGAAAGUAGUUUGUACAUAGUUUGUAGGUGCCAGAAAUUUAAUAAUGAUGUAUCUUGCACAAUAGAAAUAAAAGUUAGUAGAAGUCUA